AUGGAUAGUCAAGUUUCAAUUGAAGGAUAUUUUGCUGAUUUAAUUGAUGACAUUUGGCGGUCAGAUACUCUUCCAGACGAUGACAUUGCAGUACCCGCUUGGGAACUAGCAGAUCCUGAAGCAGACACUGGCGACAUUCAUCUAACCUUAAAAGAACAAGAACAGAAAUGGAGUGAUAUUAUGUUGUCAUCACUUAGUGAACAUCAAUAAAUAUUGUAAAGUGUCAGUUUAAACAACAGAACAGUAUUUUGGUCAAAUUUCAAUUACUAAUGGAAUUCCCAAAUAUAGGCAAACAAUGUGCGCAUUCUCAAUGUAAACAAUUGGACUACCUUCCACUUGUUUGUAAAUGUGGUGAAAUUUUCUGCUCAGAGCAUUAUAAUGGACAUAUUCAACAUUGCGAAGUUGCCAACCCCAUUAUAGAAGCCAAAUCAAAUAAUCAAGUUGAAAGUGUAUUCAUUUGCUCUCAUCUUGAUUGCAAAAAAAGAGAUAUUGUUCCCCUAAUAUGUGGAAGAUGCCAAAAACAUUAUUGCGUUGAACAUAGACAUUUGGCAGUGUGUAAUGAUAAAGAUGAAGAAACAUUAAGAACUGAAAAAGAAAAA